GGCACAGCCAACAUGCAGUCAACUACUGCAAAGUGCCAAACGCGGGACAGACUGGCUUCAGAAGACAACCACUCCUCCUCUGUACGACACCAAACCUCCCCUGUCUUUGCGGCGCGCUUUCUCUCAUCCCAACCGAUAAUGUAAGACUCAGUUAGAAAGAUCUGUCAGAUGUUGACUCGAGCCGUCGCUUUUCACGUUCGCAAUUCCGUUUUCAACACUGUCAGACAGCUUACGGUCAGACUCCAGCUGGUCAUCUGCGAGGAUACCUGGUGUGAGAUGCGGCAAUGUCCCGAGGAAUAUGCCCACGCGUCAACUCUUUUGACUCCGUCAGGAUUUUGGCGUUGGUCAUUUUCGCAGUGAACGCAAUCGAGGCGGAUAAGCAUACCUGUUAUGAAGUGAGAGCCGCUUUCCAGCAGCGAUACAUCGGACCGCUUCACCUGGUGCCGGAGAAACCAUACAAAGAUGCUGAUCUGCAGAUAUGUAAGCACCAAGGUCCAUCUUGCUGCACCAAGAAGAUGGAGGAAUGUUACCAGGCUGCGGUGAAAAGAGAAACCCUCCAAAAAAUUGAGUCCUACACCUAUGAGCUGGAAAAUAUGCUGUCUAGUCAGUUAGAUACCUUCCAGGACAUGUUUCAGUACCUCCUGUCAUUCUCUCAAGGUCACCUAAGUUCACUGUUGGAGGGAACCUACUCAUCCCUGUCCCGUCAGGCCUUGCCCCAUGUGAAUCAGCUGUUUUCUUCUCUCUCCCUGUACCUACGUGGAGCCAACAUUUCCGUCGAGAUGACCAUCCACAAGUUUUUUAACAACAUCUUCCCUCUUGUGUAUGCACGACUUAUAAAUCCAGGCAUCGAAGGGAGCGUGACAGCAGGCAGCACAAUGGGCGACUGUCUGCGUAUGAUCAGACAGGAUGUGAAGCCUUUCGGGAAUCAUCCUGUCACCAUGGCUCAGGAACUGGCUGAGGUGUUGGAGACUGGCAGGCAACUGAGUCUCGGCUUGGAUAAAGGACUGGAGGUCAUCAACGCAACAGAACAUGCCGACCUUAGUAGGGAUUGUGUAAAAGGUCUGGCAAAGAUGGUGUACUGCUCCCACUGCAGAGGCUUGACACUGAUCAAGCCCUGUGUCGGCUACUGCUUGAAUGUUAUGCGGGGCUGCUUGGCAAGUAUGGCAGAGCUGGAUCAGCCGUGGAGGACAUAUAUCAGCUCCUUGAAGAAACUAACUCUUGCGAUGGCUGGGCACCACAGCCUGGAGCUAGCCAUGCUGGGCGUCAGAGGGCAUGUCAAUGAAGCAUUGCUCUAUGCACAGAGCCAUGGUCCACUCAUCACUGCUACGGUGGACAAGGUGUGUGGCCUGUCUACACGGGAACCCCCAGGCAUGUGGUCUAUGAGACCAGAGGUCACAACCUCUUCCACAACCUUAACUUCACCUUCUCCAUCUGCCUCCUCCUCCUCCUCCUCCUCCUCCCAUAAUUUACCAGUAGAGAGGCUAGCAAGGUUUGCCCACUUAAAAAGUUCAUUCCCUCUGAAGCCCUCCAAGAGCAAUAAUCCUAAUCUGAGAACACUCUCUAGGGAGUUCUUAGGCCAACUGCAGCGCUAUAAAACCUUCUUCAAUACAUUGCCAGAGCUGCUGUGUGAUGGGGAGCAAACAAUGGACGACUCCACCUGCUGGGGCGGCGACGGUGUUGUAGAAAGCUAUAUCGCUAGAAUCGUCAGAAAUGGUCUGCAUGCCCAGAGGCAAAACCCAGAGGUCAAAGUUCGCAGCAUGGACCCUACAAUUGCUGAGUUCAAGAAAAGGCUGGAGCACUUCAACCAGGAAACCCAGGAGAAGUUUCCAAAUCUCAAUGAAAUUGAGGUCUGGGAAGAACCAGGCAGUGGGGAAGAGCAAGGAAGCACCGCAGACUGUGAUGAUGAAGAUGGCUGCCAAAGCUCAGGAGAUGAUGACGAACAAAACUAUGAUAUCAAUGGGCAGACAUCCGAUGGAGGACAGCCUGGAGGUGACAACACACAAGAACCCCACCCCAAGCCCCCUGCUGUGAAGGUGGUCGGCGGGUCGCCACCUACAAGCUGGCAGCAAUCGCGGUGCCUCGCUUUGCUUUUCGCUGGACUUUGUUUGAAGUGGUUGCUGAUCUGAUGACAGGACUAUCUAAAAAAAAAAAAAAAAAAAC